AUGUUGAGAAAUUAUGUGAACCAAAGAUUAAUCUCCAAUCCUAAUGUAGGAUCAUCAUGUCUUUACUUUCUUUACCUUAAGAGAGGAAGGGCGAGUGGAGGAAGGGAAGAAGGAAGAGAUCCUCUUUCCACGUCGGAGGAGAUCGCGAGACAAGGUAUUGCUAGCCAGACGUCAGAGAAGGCUUACGACGGAGCAGCGGAGGCGGUCAAGGUGUCUAGUGAUUCUGAGGAGGAUAAGGAAAAAGUGAAAAAGGAAUUUGAAAAGAGGGAAGAAGGUAGAGACUAUCGCAAGAGGAGUGAUGAUGAUGGUUUGCCUAUCAACACGGCUAAAGGAGUAUGA